AUGGCAAAGCGACUUGCUCAAGUCGAGGUGCAAGAAGGCGCCUUUCCUUCGCUGGCUGCGGAGGGUGCGGAAAGACGAGCAUCCGUUCGAAGCCUUCACGGGGGAGAGCAGAUAUUCGGCGCGUCUCGACCUGAGAACCAACUAAAAGUGGAAGCCUUCGACGCCGCAGGCUACCUUCUCUUUGAAGACGGCGAGGGAGAGAAGGAUGUGUUCCUUCGAAUUCCGCUCCGUGGGUCGCAGGCUCCUCUCAGGUCCGAACUCGCGUCGAAACCGCCAUCGAACCCUCUGGAUGCCCACCGCCCUCUCCCUUCCCCUCUCACUGAGUCUUCUCUGCAACGAAAACUCGCUUCAGAGUCCUCGUCUUCCUCUUCUUCCUCUUCCUCUCCGUCUCUGGGCAAUCGAGUCAUGUCGUUCUUCUCAGGACAUGGUGCAGGGGCGACCGCGGGGUCGGAGCCGCAGGCCCAGAAAGGAGACAGUGUGUCUCCGUCCUCUGCGGAGAAGGGCGAGGGGGACGCGAAGCAGCGCGAGCGAGGAGAGAACGGUGCGGAGGCGCCCAAGACCGACGGCGUUGCCUCGCAGCCGAAGGCUCCUCCUGAGGAAGAAACCAAGGCCGACGGCCUGGCUGUGUCUCGGGCGGAUUCGGAGCCUGUCUCCGCUUCGGGCGCGAGAGGCGAGGCGUCUGGAGCCCAGAGCGUCUCCGAGAAAACGGAGACAGAGACGACGCUCCAGCCAAAGGAGCACACCACCCACCCCGAGGCGCCCAGCGACGGCUCUCCGGCUCCAGCGACCGCAGCUGAAGAAAAGCCGCCUGCAGGUUCGUCGGGACCUGACGCUCCACCGCAGGACGCCGGUGAGAGCAGUCCAAAAGGCGAAGAGCAUCCGUCGGAAAAAGAGAAGCGAGAGAAGGCGCAGGACGAGAGUGCGUCUCCGGUGUUGCUGUUGGGGCCCGCGUCGCCGUCAGCGGUGUUGGUGCCUGCAGUGUUUCAGCAGAAGAGCGGCGACGGGAACCACGUGACGUUGACGAUUCCCUUGGAAGUUCUGCCUUCUCUCGCGCCGUCCAGCGAGGCCGCAGCGUCUGAGAACUCUGUCGUGUCUUCUGGCGCAGAGCUGGCGUCUCAGGCUCCGCCGGUGGCGGAGGCGAAAACGGAGGACCAGGCGUUUGCGACGCUGCACUGGAUCCACACGGCGCUUCCAGGCGACGCAGUGACGCGCGAUGCCGAGGCCGAGGAGGCGUACCUCAUCGGGCACGUGGCAAGCGAGAAGCGACGGCGCGGGAUGCCUCUGAGCCCAGACCACGAAGAGCCUCCCGACGCCGCACUGCCUGCGUCUCUCGAGGAGCUGAGCAGCAACGAGAGAGAAAUGGUGCUCAGCGCGGGGCUCCUCACACUGCUUCUCGUCCUCUCCGUGUCGCUCGUCAUCUCCCACGUGUCGCGAAAGUGCCAGCUCCGCUGGCUCCAGAUGCCCGUCUCCGCCACGCUGCUCGGCCUGCUCGUCGGCGCCAUCCUCAAAUUCGGCCUCCAGGUCCAAGGCCCAAUCUUGGGCAGUGUCCUCGCCAUGAACGAAGACGUCUUCUUCGUCAUGCUCCUCCCCCCCAUCAUCUUCGAAGGGGGUCUGAGUCUGUCGGAAGGUUCGCUCUCCGUCCCGUUCAUGCGGAACUUUGGCGCCAUCAUGUGGCUAGCGUGCUUCUGCACCAUUCUCUCCUUCUGCUGGGUGGGUGCGGUCAUGUUCUUUGGCGGUGUCCUCGGCCUCUCGAUGUUCCUCACCGUUCGUCAAGCCUUUGCGUUCGGCGCACUCAUCAGCAGCACGGACCCCGUCUCCGUCCUCGCCCUCUUCAAGGAACUGCAUGCGAAGAAAACCAUCCACGUUCUGGUGUUUGGCGAGAGUUUGCUGAACGAUGCGAUUUCGAUCGUCUUGUAUCGAACCAUUGCGAGCGAAGACACGGCGAGUGUGGGGUCUGCCGUUCUCGCGUUCUUCCUCACUUUCUUCGUCUCCCUGGCGAUCGGCCUCGCCGUCGGCCUCUUCUGUGCUCUGACGUACAAGUACAUGGAUUUGCACAAGGAAGAAAAUCAAACCCUCGAGUCGGCUCUUCUCCUUCUCUUCCCCUGGAUGGCCUACCUCGUCGCGGAUGGCUUGGGCUACUCGGGAAUCGUCGCCAUCUGCUUCUGCGGUGUGACGAUCGGGAAAUACGCAGUUCCGAAUCUCUCGACUUCUGCAUGCAACACCUCGAGAAGUGUUUUCAACUCGUUUUCGCUUCUCGCGGAGACCGUCGUUUUUGUUUUUCUGGGUCUCGCCGUCUUUUCCUUCGACCAGCCUCUCCACGACGAACUGGCUGUCGGGCUGUAUGUGCUGGGCUUCAUCGCCACCUUCUCGGCACGAGCUAUCAGCGUCUACGUCACCUGCGCGUUAAUCAAUCUCUUUCGGACCAGUGCGAAAAUCACUCCUGAGCAACAACUCGCUCUCGUCCUCUGCGGCCUCCGAGGCGCCAUCGCCUUUGCGCUCUCGGAGCGAGCGCGUCGGGAUUUCGGCGGCAAGGAGGGGGCUGCGCUGCUGUCUCUCACCCUCUUCCUCGCCCUCUUCACCAUUCUCGUCCUGGGCCCUUCCUUGGUGUUUAUUUUGGACCGGCUGGGGAUUUUCGAGAAGCAUGCGCCGCAUCGUUCGGAGUCUUCUCUCGAAGACGCUCGCCUCGGGCCUCUCGACUCGGACAUGGAGCCGGCGCGCAGUGCGUCUCGACGCAGCACCGCGGAUUUCUCGUCGUUUUCGGAGUUUUCCUCUGCGACUCUUCGCGGCAGGGAGCGCGGAGAGCGAAGAGACAGGCACGAAGACGCGAACAGCCUCGAGGGAAUGACCCGCGGCACUUGUGGCGGCCUCAAGAGGCUUCUCCUGCAAAUUGAUCGCAGGCAAGAACCCGACGAAGCUCCGAAACAAAAAGGAGAAAGCGGCAAGAACCGCACAUUCAUGAUUCCGCUCUUUACUCACAGUGACAGUCGGCGCGUUUCCUCUCGGUUCGGUUCGAACUCGCGUUUUCCGUCCUUUUUCCGCGACCUUCGCCCCGCGCACAGCUCGGCGUCACCGGCGUCUGCAGCGCCGGCGUCGAGUGUCUUUUCGAGUUUUCCGGGUUUGUCGAAAUCGAAGCAUUCCCCGGGAUCGCUGUCGUCAUCGCCAACACACAACGGCAGAAGCCUCUUCACCUCGCCCGCGUACAUGCGUGUGCCGACCUACGUAGUGGCGAGCAACGGAAGUUUGGCGAGUGGCCACGGCGGGGAGCAGAAGCGCGAAGGUGGCCUCUCCUGGGACGAUCUCCGCCGGUCUUUGGGUGUAGCUACUGCUCCGGACAGUGCGCGGAGAAGCCAGAGAAGCGAGGCGCGGGAGGUGGGGAUGGUGGCCCGCGACGGAAAGAAGACGCCCGUUUCCGGCAGAGACAGAAACGGCGACCGGGAGGAGGAAACGGACGCGAGAGCAGAGACGAGGCGGUCGAGAUCUGUCGGCGAGAGAGAGGUUGCGAGUUGGGGGCCCGACUCGAGUCGACGCGAGAAAGAAAGAGAAGAAAUGGUCGGCUUUGGAGUGUCGGUGGUGGACACAGCGCGGAGCAGAGAAGAGAGACCGGACGCGAGGAAUGGCGUUUCCAACGCGAGAGCCGCGCGCGGGAAGAAGAGCAGAGGGGACGACCCUUUCUCUGAAGACGACUUUGAGCCCAUCGGGGGCGCUCUUUUUGAUGCGCCGCGUAUUUCGCUUCUGCAGUCAGCUUCCUGCGACAGUGAGAAGCAAGAGUUCCAUUUCGAAGACACGAACUGGCAGCGACAGGGACACCCCUUCUCUGCUCCGGUCUCCAUCGGGUCUCUCCCCGUCGUCGUGGGGCGCGGAGACAGUCCCGGCGACGGCAGACUUGGCGAAGGAGGGCGCUUGCUGGAGGGGCGAGGCAGUAGCGCAGAGAAGGCGAGCCUCGAGCUGUCUCGAAUGGCAAAUGGAUGGGUGACGAACGGCCAGAACGGCGCGGAAGACGUGACGCUGAAGGGAAGUAUUGUGGGGAAGAGAGACAUGCUGUGA